AUGAAAGACCAAGACGAUGAAUUUUGUCUGUCAAAAACGGCUGAAAAUCAAUUAGUGCGUACACUGCGCAAUGAAGAAAGUGGACGAACACGUCACACGGGACGAGAUGAUCGUGCUACGACUGAACAAGUUUUAGAUCCACGUACGCGUAUGAUCCUGUAUAAAAUGUUGAAUCACGGUAUUGUUACAGAGAUUAAUGGUUGUUUGAGUACGGGGAAAGAGGCAAAUGUAUACCAUGCAAGGCUUCCUAAUGGAAAAGAAGGUGCUAUAAAAGUAUACAAGACUUCUAUUUUGGUCUUUAAGGACCGUGAAAAGUAUGUCUCAGGUGAGUUUCGCUUCCGUCAUGGCUACUCGAAGAGUAAUCCACGCAAGAUGGUCAAACUCUGGGCUGAGAAGGAGAUGCGCAACUUGCGUCGUCUUAAAGAUUCUGGGAUUUACUGUCCGUCACCCAUUUUACUGCGCUCCCAUGUGCUGCUUAUGGACUUUAUUGGUCAUGACGGCUGGGCAGCUCCGCGUCUAAAGGAUGCCAAGAUCAGCGACAAUCGCUAUCGAGAAUGCUACAUUUACUGCAUUAUGAUGAUGCGCACAAUGUAUCAUAAGUGCCACCUUGUGCAUGGAGACUUGAGUGAGUACAAUAUACUAUACUACCAGACAAAGCUCUACUUUAUCGAUGUGUCACAGUCGGUGGAACACGAGCAUCCGAGUGCCAACGACUUUUUGCGCAAGGAUUGCCGCAACAUUACGGACUACUUUUGCAGGACUGGCGCGCUCAACCCCAUGACGACACAGGAGCUAUUUGAUUUUGUUACGGACCCAUGCAUUGCUGAAGAGGACGUAGACGACUAUCUUGACGAGAUUCAGCGCAAGAUUGCGGACCGGCCUGUGGAGCGCACGAAUCAGGAACAGGUAGACGACGCUGUGUUCAUGAGCACGUUUAUUCCUCGGUCGCUCGGCGAGGUACUGCACUCGGAGCGAGAGCAGCUUGCAUAUCAAGAAGGAACGAUGGAAAAAGCGUUGGUGACGGCAAUCUCGCGCCUUGAAGCUGAACAGAGAACGACUCCUCCGGCUCCGGUCAUGCAAGGCACACGUAUUAUGGACCUCUUGAAUGAGGAGGAUGACCAAGAGCUUGAUUCCAGCGACGGUGAUGGCGAUGUCAACGGCGACAGUGACGACGAAGAUUCUGACAGUAACUGUGAUGACGAUGACGAUGGCGAUGAAGAAGCGUCGCUUUCUGGAAAGGAACCGCUGACGGAUGAACAACGAGCAGCGUAUCGGCAGCAAAAGCGUGACGAACGUGAAAAGCAGAAUGCUCUUGAAAAGCUGAACAAGAAGGCACGCAAGCUAGAAACCAAAGAGCAGAAGAAGGCAAAGCGGCAGACAAAGAUCCCGAAACAUAUCAAGAAACGUCACAAGAAACUUUCUCACCAAAAGAAUAAAAAGUAA